UUGUUCUCUGGUGGUGAUGAUGGUUCAGUAAGGGUCUGGGAUCUGACACAAAAGACAAAAAAGAUAUGUCUUGCAAAACUAGAGAAACAUCAAUCAACCAUCACUUCCAUGGCAAUAUCCGACGACGGACGGACUUUGAUCAGUGCAGGGAGAGACAAGGUUGUAAAUUUGUAUAACUUGCAUGACUACGGCUGCCUGACCACCAUACCAACACUUGAGUCAGUUGAAACCGUGUGUAUUAUUGGUUCAGAGUCUCCUUUUGCUGCAUGCCUAGCUUCAUCAAAACAUCCACAGGCAAAGAAGAGAAGUGAUGUACCAUCAAUCAAUUUCAUCACUGUUGGUGAGCGUGGAUUGGUGCGGAUAUGGAGUUCUGAUAGGGCACUGUGCCUCUUUGAGCAGAAAACCUCCGAUAUCACCAUAAGCUCUGACAAUGGAGAUUCAAGGAGGGGCUUUAUCUCUGCUUUGAUUUUGCCGGCAAGUCAAGAGUUGCUCUGUGUUACAGCAGACCAGCAGUUUUUUCUAUACUAUCCGGAGGAAUCUCAAGGUAGUAUGAAUCUAUUUCUUAGGAAGAGGUUUGUUGGACACAAUGAAGAGAUUGCAGAUAUGAAAUUUUUGGGUGAUGAUGAACAGUUCCUUGCCGCCGCAACAAGUGUAGAGCAGGUACGAGUGUACGAUCUUCAAUCAAUGUCGUGCUCUUAUGUAUUGUCUGGGCACACUGAUAUUAUUUUGUGUCUUGAUACCUGUGUAUCAAGUUCUGGAGGAACACUUAUAGUAACGGGGAGCAAAGACAACAAUGUUAGGUUAUGGGAUUGCGAGAACAAGGCUUGUGUUGGCAUAGGCAUAGGUCACAUGGGAGCUGUUGGUGCUGUUGCUUUUUCAAAGAAACACCGGAACUUCUUCGUGAGUGGUAGUAGUGACCGUACUCUAAAGGUAUGGAAUAUGGACAGUGUCUCUGACAACAAUGAAGAAAUUAUAACUCUGAAAGCAAAAGGAGUUGUAGCAGCACAUGACAAGGAUAUUAACUCUUUGGCAGUGGCACCAAAUGACAGUCUUGUUUGCAGUGGUUCCCAGGAUCGCACUGCCUGCAUAUGGAGACUUCCAGACCUAGUGUCAGUGGUUACACUGAAAGGACAUAAAAGGGGGAUAUGGUCUGUGGAGUUUUCUCCAGUUGAUUAUUGCGUGAUAACAGCUUCUGGAGAUAAGACGAUAAAGAUAUGGGCCAUAUCUGAUGGAUCAUGUCUUAAAACAUUUGAAGGGCAUUUAUCAAGUGUGUUAAGAGCAUCGUUUCUUACCCAUGGCACCCAGUUUGUUUCUUGUGGUGCUGAUGGUUUGGUGAAGUUGUGGACAGUUAAGACCAAUGAGUGUAUCGCAACAUAUGACCAACACGAGGAUAAGAUAUGGACCCUUGCUAUUGGUAAGAAAACAGAAAUGCUUGCAACUGGCGGUGGUGAUGUGGUGAUCAAUCUGUGGCAUGAUUCAACAGCUUCAGAUAAAGAGGAAGCUUUUCGUAAAGAAGAGGAAGGCAUUCUACGGGGUCAAGAGUUAAAAAAUGCUUUAAUAGAUGCUGACUACACAAGAGCCAUCCUGAUAGCAAUUGAGCUUCGAAGACCACAUGGCCUUUCAGAUAUAUUUGGUGAACUCUGCAGGAAGAUUGCUGGAGAUCAGAUAGGAAAAGCACUUGAGACUCUUUCUGAAGACGAGCUUCGUUUGCUUUUGGAAUUUGUCAGGGAAUGGAACACGAAGCGAAAGUUUUAUCAUAUUGCACAGUUUGUUCUUUACCAGGUGUUGAAGAUUCCUGAUAUUGAGAAGAUAAAGGGCAUUGAAGAACUGCUUGAAGGUAUUAUACCUCAUACUCGGAGACAUUUCGAUAGACUAGAUAGAUUAGAAAGAGAAAGUUUUCAGGUGGACUACAGUUUGGCUAGAAUGUCUGUCAUUGAGCCAGAAGAGAACGAGGGAAAAUUUGAGAACAAGGAUGCCACACUUUCUACUGGUGCAGAUAGUGAUGAGCAGUUAAGUGAGAUUGUUCCACCAAUGGAGCAAGAGCAACACCAUGAAAACCAAAAAGAGAAAAAAUCAUCAAAAAAGCGAAAAUCGCAUAUAUCAAGAGAUAUCUCCGGUAAGAAAGUGAAGGGGCAGCAGUGUACGUGGUCGUUCAAGUGAUACUCCGUCCCAGUUUAUGUGGCAUCAUUUAACUAGGCACAAAGUUUAAAAAAGAAAGGAAGACUUUUGAAAUUCGUGAUCAAGAACAAGCUUUAGAUAUUUGUGUGGGUGCAAAUCAUCUCAUAAAGUUAAAUUGUUUCUAAAUAUAGAAAUGUGACAUUUUUUUGGGACAGACUAGAAAACAAAGUGUGCCACAUAAAUUGGGACUGAGAGAGUAUUAGACUAAUUCUAUGAGGAUUUUUUAUUGGGACGAGUAAAGAAAUGGAGAGUUUUGUUUACUACUA